AUAUUACAUCACAUCAAAAAACUACUUACUACACUUGUGUAACUAAAUAACAAAAUCUAUCACUAAUAUAUUGUUAGCAUGAUAGACAACUAAAUGAUUGUAUAUAUUAAUGUAAUUAUAUAGUGAUAUAAAUUAGCAUGAUCAUAUACAUUUGUUGUAGAAUCACAUGAAUAAAUAUUGUGAUAGAAUAGCUGAUUUGGAGGGAUAGCAACGCAGAUUUAGAGGGAUUCAAUGGCAGAUUUGUAUAGAUAGAAUAGCUGAUCUUUAGGGAUGUGUAAUCUUUAUUUUCUCUAUAUAAUGGAAAGACUCUCUCACUUUGAGAGGCAUUCAGCUAAAAAUUGACAUGGUAUUAGAGCCUUCUCUCGGCUGUCUUGUUUCAUAGAGUCAUUUGUGGUUCCUUUUAAAAAAUUUUUGAAAAUCUUGGUUUUUGGCUACCUCCUGGGAAUUUUGUUCUUGGUCAUUCUAGUUGCUUUCUUGAGUCUUUGUAGUUUUAUAGCUAUUCAAAAGCAUGAAUUCACAUCACUUUGAAUCCUUCAGUGUUCAUUUCACUGGAAAAAAUUAUUCUUCUUGGGAGUUUCAAUUUCAGUUGUUUGUCACCGGCAAAGAACUAUGGGACCAUAUAGAUGGAAGCGAUCCUGCUCCUACUGAUGCAACAAAGCUAAGUGAAUGGAAGAUUAAAGAUGCUCGGGUAAUGACAUGGAUUCUAGGGUCAAUUGACCCUCUUCUUGUUCUUAAUCUCAAGUCGUACAAGACAGCUAAGGCCAUGUGGGAUUACUUACAAAAGGUUUACAACCAAGAUAAUAGCGCAAGACGCUUUCAGUUGGAGUAUGAAAUUGCUAAUUACUCUCAAGGAGGUCUUUCUGUUCAGGAUUAUUUUUCUGGAUUUCAAAACUUAUGGGCUGAAUUUACAGAUAUUGUCUAUGCCAAAAUACCUACUGAAUCCCUAUCAGUGAUUCAAGAAGUUCAUGAGCAAAGCAAGCGAGACCAAUUUUUGAUGAAAUUACGCUCCGACUUUGAGAGUGUUCGCUCUAACUUGAUGAAUCGUGACCCGUCUCCCUCUUUGGAUGUUUGCUUUAGGGAAUUACUUCGUGAAGAGCAACGUCUUGUCACACAAAAUGCUUUUAAGAAAGAAAAUGAUGUCACUGUUGCAUUUGCUGCUCAAGGUAAAGGAAAGGGCAGGGAUAUGAGUAGAACUCAAUGCUACAGUUGCAAGGAAUAUGGUCAUAUUGCUAGCAAUUGUAGCAAGAAGUUCUGUAAUUAUUGUAAACAACAAGGACACAUUAUCAAAGAGUGUCCCACGCGCCCUCAAAAUCGUAGGAUCAAUGCUUUUCAAGCUAGGAUAAAUGGUUCCACUGAUGAUAACUCAUCUUCAGGACAAGUUCUUACUCCUGAAAUGGUACAACAAAUGAUCGUGUCAGCCUUUUCAGCAUUGGGAUUACAAGGAUCAGGUGUCGGGGACGAUAAUCGCGAAGGGGCCUAAAGUUGGACGAUUGUUUCCUAUA